AUGUUUUGGGGUUUAAUAUUGCAACCAAAUAGGAAAUAUAUUCUACAUGAAGUUGAUAUGUCAUUCCAUAUAUCUAUGGCAGUUUUACAUACUAUAAUUGACGAUAAUCAGACAGUAAAUGUGAUGGUAUCUAAAGAGGAUGAUAGUAAUAAUGAGGAUGAAGAUGAAGAUUCUGAUGAUGAAGAUGAUGAUUAUAGUAAAUUGAAGUCAUCUAAGAAAACUAUUGAUGAUUUUGAGAAUAAAAAAAAAAAAAUAAAGGGCGAUAAUAGCUUUGAAUAUAAUCCUCGUAAAAAACUUAAAAAAAAUAAAGAUACAGUAGUAGAAACUAAGAAGCAAAGUAAAAACCAACGUGGGGAAACAUUAACGAAAGAAAAUUUUCAAAUAAAAAAGCAUAAAAAGAAGUCGGCAUUUGUUAAAAUAAUAGACAUAAAGAAAGGGACUGGAGCUAUUGCAAAAGAGGGAAAGAUGGUCUCAAUUUACUAUGUUGGUCGAUUAAAGAACGGCGAUAAAUAUACUGAAAAAAGAAGUGGAAAUGGUCUUCAAUUUACAGUUGGAAAAAAUGAGGUGGUCGAAGGAUUGAACGUAGGUGUAGAAGGCAUGAGAGUUGGUGGAAAGAGACGAAUUUUAGUACCUCCAAGCUUGGGAUACGGCAAAAAAGGUUUCCUUCCUUAUGUUCCUCCCAACAGUAACAUAAUUUUUGAAGUAGAACUAAAAUAUGUUCGUUAA